UGAGCUUCCAGCCAGCCGUGACUUCUCUCAGCUAUCACCGACACAGCAAAACAAAGUCAAGAAAGCCCUGACUGAGCCCCUGAACUUGGCUACUUUCCUGAACCAAUCUGGAUCCUAGUUCAGAACCCAGUCUUAACCGAUGUCAGCAUCCUAUUCAGCCCUCCUUCUGGGGGAUUCAACUGUUUUUACUGCAGCCCUCCGGACUCUUAUCAACAACCCACAGUUCAGUGAUGUGACAUUCUUGGUUGGGGGGGAGCAGCAAGAGGUAUUUGCCCAUCGCUGCCUCCUUUCUUCUCGCUGUCCGGCAUUCCAUGCAAUGCUGAGCCAGUCCCAGGAGGCACAAGCCCCACUUCUCCUGAGCCAUGUGCAGCCAGAGGUGUUCCUAGCAGUCAUUGAGUACUUGUACACUAACAGUGUCACCUUCAACAAUGCCAUUGCCCUGGAGGUGUUGACCUCAUCCAUAGAAUAUGGGCUGAAUGACCUCAGAAAGCUGUGUGUUGAAUUCAUCAAAGACUCUCUGACUGUGGAGCAGGCCUGCGAGGCCUUGCAGGCAGCAGUAGCAUAUGGGCAAAUAGAUCUCCAGAUGCAUUGCCUGGCUUUCAUUGAGAACUGCACCCGGGAGGUGGUGCAUACACGUGGCUUCUUGGAGCUGUCCGAAUUGGCAAUGCAAACCAUCUUGCUAGAAUAAAUCGAGUUCAUGGCUAUUGAUGAGGUAGAGCUGAUUCGUGCUGUUCAGGAAUGGGCCCGUGUUGGCUCUGUAAUGCUUGGAAGAUCCAGUGCAAAAUGUGGCAGAAGGAGUUGUAUACAUGAGCUAUGCCUUAAAGCUCUGUUGUCGCCAAGAGUAGAGCUGACUCCCCUGGAAGAAGGAGAAUAAAAGGACCAGAUGAUUCCAAUAGAGAGUUUGGCUGAGGCCUGGAAGAUCCAUGCUUUAUGGAAGGGGCGUGGAACACGGUCCUACUUGUGCCAGCGUCGGCGUGGCACAUUGCUCCGGGAACAUCAUCACCACCUUGACUCACAGCACAAGUGACUUGGGACUCAAUAAAACAGAAAAGAGCACUUAAUGCCUAGAUCAAAGAACUUUUUGAUACUGAGCCAGGAACUACCUACCACCAAUUGGAUGCUUCACAGUUAUAUCCUGCUUGCCAUUGUGAGCCAUUGUCCAGUUGGCAUCAAGAGUUCCCAGUGUGUGAGGAGGGGCCUGACUACUAUCAAAGACUGGAUUGGCUAAAAAUGCUCUCAUGCGAUACCCCCUCAUCCAUCUUACAUGAAUUCAGAAGAAAGAUUUGAGGUGGGAACAACAUCUACUUCUCAUAAAAAUGACUAAGGCCCCUUCCGCACACGCAAAAUAAUGCAUUUUCAAACCACUUUCACAACUGUUUGCAAGUGGAUUUUGCUAUUCCGCACAGCUUCAAAGAGCACUGAAAGCAGUUUUAAAGUGUGUUAUUCUGCAUGUGCGGAAUGAGCCUAAUUGUCAAGAAACUGAGUCCCUUAGUGCAGUUUCUUGUUCUCUUUCUUAUUGGUUCAGGCCUACAAUAGGAACGUUUCAACUGGAAAAUAACUGUGCUGCUACUUGAGAUCCAGCAAGCUGUGCCUUAUUGCAACUGAGAUAAGAGUCCAGGUGCUGGGAGGAGGCACUUUCUAUUCUGACUCCCUCUAACCACAUUACAUUCAUUAGUGAAGAUGAAAUCAUGAGCCUCCACACAGGUGAGAACUGGGUGGGCUUAGCUGCAGAUAAGCUCCCACCACUCCAUCUCACUCUGACCCCGCUCCGGUCACAUCACCAGUAACAUGGUUACAUAGUCAAUUGAUAUCACCAGCCAUGGAUCUGAUUGGUCAAAUAUGCUCAGGCCAAACCAGACCUUUGGCCGUAAAGUUUGAGUUUUUCAGCCUAGUUUUGCUCUUGUUGCCUUAUUCAUGGCUCUUUGACCGUGGAUCUUUUGAUUUUGUACCUGCCUUAUGGGUCAGACAGAAUGUCUGCCCAUGCUGACUCUUGGAAAGAGUGGACUUUGAAUGCUGGAAGAUUUUAGCUGGAAGGGUGACAUCUGGUAAUCUUAACUAAUGUUAUUGCUGUGUGUGUAGUUAUUUUAAUCCUCACUGUUUGCUGUUCUUUUUAUAAAUAUACAUGCACAAUUUUAAUAAAUUACUUUAAUUAUA